AUGAGCGGCAAUUUGGUUGAUCCGUUGAGGAAUAUAGCUGAAGGUGAAUUGGGGGCGCUUGGAUUUAGUUUUGGUCUUUGUUUUGUGUUUAUGUUACUUUUGGGUGCUUCUGUUGACAGAAAUGCUCUUCAAUGUGAUGCAAUGAUAUCAGAAAAAUUAUCAUUAACCAAACUUGUAUUUCUUGGAGGUCUUUACAUUUCUUGUUUGUCAGCAAUACUUUCUUCUACGUUGGGUACUUCUAGAGUAGUCCAAGGAAUUGCUAAUGAAGGAUUGUUUCCUCAAAUGAGCAAAUUACUUAUUGAGGAAUCUUCACCAACCCGAGAAUCACACCGUGCAACAGUUUUAGUUACAGCAUUUGCUAUAAUACUUUUAUUGCUUGGAGAUUUAAAUCAAAUUGCUAUACUUUCUUCUCUUCCUUUUUUGUUUACCUAUGCUACUGUCAAUUAUGCUUAUGUUUCUCUUUCUAUGAGUGAUGACUUGGAGGUUUUGAAUAAUGAAUGUGCUGCUGAAAAUGAUAACAAACAACAAACAAGCUAUGGAACAGUACAAGACGGGGCGGCCAUUUAUUCAUCUCAGGGCCAACAAAGAAAAUCUUUAGAUGCUUUGUUUGCCCAAACAACUGAGGGAAUUAUCGGAUCCACAAAACAAGAAAAUGUUCAAAAAGCGUGGUAUCAACAUUGUAUUAAUCGUUAUGUCUCCUUUGGAGCUGCAAUAAUUCACAUACUUGUGGCUACUUUUGUUCAUCGUUGGUUUGCCCUACUACACUUUAUUGCAUUUGCAGCUCUUUACCUUUAUUUGGGGGGAACGUGUGUUUCCCGUUUCUCCAUAAUGCAUAUGAUUCGAGUAGCUAUGUCAACUCAAGAUACUCCAGACCUGAACUCUUCCCAAAAUUCUGCCAGGCUUGUAGCCCCUCCCCCCUCAGCUUUAUUCCAACCAGGAAAUAUACAACCACCACAGGCUUUGAACGCUCAGAAUCCCGAUUAUGCAGAAAGAAAAAAUUAUCAUCAUGCUGAACAAUUGGGGGCUGCUAAACAACAUACUUAA